AUAUCUCAUCAUCUCUUCUUACACUGCACCUACAAAAGGGUAUCCUUCCCCCUCCCAUCUCAACUUGUACUUGAUCAUCUUCUGAGACUUUUCUUCAGAACUUUCUUUCCUUUGAGGUUUUUUCAGAUCAUCAAGGACAGUUCAUCAAAAUGAGAGAAAUCCUUCAUGUUCAAGCUGGCCAAUGUGGCAACCAAAUUGGAGGCAAGUUUUGGGAGGUUAUGUGUGAUGAACAUGGCAUAGAUCAGAGUGGAAGUUAUGUAGGCAACUCUCAUCUUCAACUUGAGAGGGUUAAUGUGUACUACAAUGAAGCAAGUGGUGGACGCUACGUUCCUCGAGCUGUUCUCAUGGAUCUUGAACCGGGGACUAUGGAUAGCUUGCGCUCCGGUCCUUAUGGAAAAAUAUUCCGGCCUGAUAACUUCGUGUUCGGCCAAAAUGGAGCUGGAAACAACUGGGCUAAAGGGCAUUAUACUGAGGGAGCUGAGCUUAUUGACUCAGUUCUUGAUGUUGUUCGUAAAGAAGCUGAGAACUGUGAUUGCUUGCAAGGCUUCCAAAUUUGUCAUUCACUGGGAGGUGGAACUGGAUCUGGAAUGGGUACCCUGCUGAUCUCAAAGAUCAGAGAAGAGUAUCCUGAUAGGAUGAUGAUGACUUUCUCAGUGUUCCCUUCUCCUAAGGUCUCUGACACUGUGGUUGAGCCUUACAAUGCCACCCUCUCUAUUCAUCAACUAGUUGAAAAUGCGGAUGAGUGCAUGGUCCUUGAUAAUGAGGCACUCUAUGAUAUCUGUUUCCGAACACUCAAGCUCACAAAUCCAAGUUUUGGUGAUCUGAACCAUUUGAUCUCAACAACAAUGAGUGGAGUAACAUGUUGCCUCCGGUUUCCAGGCCAACUCAACUCAGAUCUCCGCAAACUAGCUGUUAACCUUAUCCCUUUCCCUCGCCUCCACUUCUUCAUGGUUGGUUUUGCCCCCUUAACUUCAAGGGGUUCUCAACAGUACAGUUCCCUCACCAUCCCUGAGCUCACUCAGCAGAUGUGGGAUGCAAGAAACAUGAUGUGUGCUGCAGACCCAAGACACGGCAGGUAUCUGACCGCUUCGGCCAUGUUUCGUGGCAAGAUGAGCACAAAGGAGGUGGACCAACAGAUGAUAAACGUGCAGAACAAGAACUCAUCAUACUUUGUGGAGUGGAUACCAAACAAUGUGAAGUCAAGUGUUUGUGACAUCCCACCAACUGGGUUGUCAAUGUCCUCCACUUUCAUUGGAAAUUCCACUUCCAUUCAGGAGAUGUUUAGGCGAGUUUCGGAACAGUUCACUGUGAUGUUCAAGAGAAAGGCCUUCUUGCAUUGGUACACUGCAGAGGGUAUGGAUGAGAUGGAGUUUACUGAGGCUGAGAGUAACAUGAAUGACUUGGUAGCUGAGUACCAACAGUAUCAAGAUGCUACAGCAGUGGAAGAAGAGGAGGGUGAUGAAGAGGAGGAAGAGUUUGAUACAUAAGAAUGAGGUGAAAGUCCCUAUUGGGUCGUGCCAUGACAAAUUCUAUGUGUGCGUGUACGUGCAUGUUUGGAUAUAUGGUAAAUUUUAUGUUGGUGGGAGAAUUGAUUCGGGAAGAAGCUGCUCUCAGUAGCUUUUUGUGGUAGCAGAAUUGAUUCUAGAAGAUCUGAACGUGAAUGCAAGCAUGCUAUAUAUGGGUUAUGAUACAUUGGGAAUUUGGGAAAGGAAGGAUGUGUUUUAUUUAUAUUUAUUACUGGGUUUACAAGUUCUAGUUGAAAGUACAUAUGAUUUGGGGCUCUAAGCUCUCAUGGGAGUAAUAUUUUUUCAACCUUUUUGUCUUUUGAAUUUGUUGUGGGACUUUGUUUGUUAAUGCACACCUUACAGUGGCUUUUGUUUUGUUUCA